AUGCUGUGUGUGACCCCUAGAAAAAAAACAUAGCAUGCAUAAACAAACACUACAGCUAUCUGUCUGCAUAGAAACUAAAAUGACAAGGUCUUAUCGAGAGCACUGACUGACUGUCAUAGUGUAUGUGACAUUGCAGGUGUCAUGGAGAAUUCACGGGCAUCAUUGAUGUUCAAAGUGGUCGCGGUGGCAGCGAUCGGUCUCACCGCCACGUUCGUCAUGCUCGUCCAAGAUCCAGAUACGCUUUUCGGAGGGGGAUACCCAGAACUGUGGCGGAGAACCGGUCUAGCAGGAGCCCCUACGCGAGCGGCAGCCUGCAUAUUCGCGGGCGUGUUCCUCUUAGCGAUGGGCUGGCUGUACAGACUGUUAUUCGCUCCUCUGGAGCUGCUCCGCGGUGUGGAUGAGGUGGGGUACAUCGCGGAGGACGGGCGCUCUCGUGCCCAAGCUGCGAACGAAGUGCGGCGGCGACGGAAGACUGGAGAAUUACCGCCCGUUUAUCCAAACGGCUGGUACCGGGUUUUAGACUCUCACUUGCUGGAGAGAGGAGAUGUGAAGAGUGUGACAGUGCUGGGACAACAGGUGGCAGUGUUCCGUGGGCAGGAUGGCAAGGCCUAUGUGGUGGACGCUUACUGCCCCCACUUAGGCGCCAAUCUGGCUGUGGGUGGGCGAGUCGUAGGGGGAUGCAUUGAAUGCCCUUUCCAUGGAUGGCAGUUCCGUGGGACUGAUGGGAAAUGUGUCAGGAUUCCAUAUGCAGAUAAAGUGCCUGAGUUUGCGAAGGUGCGGUGUUGGCCCAGCUGUGAGAUCAACGGGCAGGUUCUGGUGUGGUUUCACUGUGACGGGCUGGAGCCCAGCUGGAGAGUCCCAGAACAGAGCGAAAUCACCCGCGGGGAAUGGGUGUACCGCGGCCGUACCGAACAUUUCAUCAAUGCACACAUUGAGGAGAUUCCAGAGAACGCAGCGGACAUCGCACACUUGGCUCAUUUGCACACUCCAGGUAUCGUCAGUGGAGUUGAUCUACGCUACACGAACAGCAAGACCUGGGAGUUUAUACGGCACGACUGGAAGGUGGAGUGGAAGCCUGAGCCCGAGCCGGACAAGCACUGCUCGCAGAUGUUGGUGAAACACGCUCUCACCGUGUUCGGACGCCACUGGCCUCUUCUUGAUUUGGACGUUGUGGCCAGACAGGUGGGUCCAGGUGUGGUUUUCCUGCUUUUUGAACACAGUUUUCUGGGUCGGGGUGUGAUCAUGCACUGCGUUACCCCAGUCGAGCCAUUACUACAGUGUGUAUCACACACCAUCUUCUACCAGAGCACCAUCCCUCCCCUGGUACCCAAAUUCAUUCUUCGGGCAGAGUGCAUUCAGGUAAUGCAUAAUUUGAACGAGAUGUGAUGAUCUGGAAUAACAAGACGUACAUCUCCAAACCUAUGCUUGUGAAAGAAGACUCAGCCAUUCAGAAACACAGACGCUGGUUCAGUCAGUUCUACAGCGAGAACAGUCCGCGACUGCGAUACCAGCACGACACUCUGGACUUCUGAACAUCAACUAUGCUUCAGCCCAUAUGGGUUGCUUAAAGACCAAUACCAAUAUUUUUUUAACCAAAUCUGAUAUUUUGUUGGCAUUUCAAAAAAAAAAGAAAAUCAUUAUGCAAAAAUUAUAAUUAUGCAUAAUAAACACAAUGCAUUUCUUGAGUAGUUCUCUCUUUCAACAAACAACGUGCAAAGACAAUAAAGCAAAUGCAAAAUAAAAGUGCACCUGCAUUUGAAUUUUACAAGUCAAAAUCUGGAUAUUAUUAAGUAGGUGACAUGUUUUCUGUUCUGUCUUAAGAACGUUCUGUCCUUGUUGAAGUGCUUCCGACAAUCAUCUGUCUGUAAAUAACAUUUACAAUUGUACCUUUCUAUCUAUGCACUGCUGAACUGAUUGCAGAAUUACACACUACAGCUCCUGCAGUCUGGCUUCACUGCUGUAAUUGGGAUUGGACUGUCUGAGAGUCUUCUAAGCUUCAGCAAGCAGUAAGCUAAAGCCCAAUAUUGCCAUUGUUCUUGCAGAAGCUCCAGUUCUUGUACACAGACCUGUUCGGUAGCACACUAGGAAAAAGGACACAAAGUUCCCAUCUCCUAGAUGUACCCUGAAUAAUGCGAGCAUGUAGUUCUACCCUCAGACAGAUAUAACUGUUCCAUCUUUGGCACAUAACUCAUCCCACACUGUUUGUGCUAGUUACAGGAUACCUAAAAAAAGAGGUAUACAUUAACUUUCAUAUGAAAUUAAAGUUAGGAUGUUUGUCUGGUGAAUGAUAAAUGGGCAAAAAAAAAAAAAAAAAAUCAUCCCACAGACUUACAAUAAGGGCUUUCUUGACUUGAGGCAGCAUAGCA